CUUGUUAAAAAAUAUUACAGUGAACAAAAUAGUGGUUUACGAAAUCAUCAUCGUAAAACAAAUUACAAAUAAAGUGCAUUUUAUUGUUUUAAUAUAUUUGUGUUGAAAACUAUAUAAUAUUUGCCAUUAAUAUGGAUGCGAGUGAUCCGAUUCUGUUGGGCAAAAUUAGGGACAAAUUUUGCGAUGACUACAAAUCAAAUGCCAAUUUGUACGACGAGUGCGAUUUGCACCGACUUAUGGCCAACGAUUGGUACGUCAAACGGUUUUUAAUGGCCCAACAGUUAGAUGUGGACAACACUGUGGUUAUGAUCAGAGAGGCGUUGCGGUGGCGGAAGGCGUUUGGCGUAAAUGACCGCAAAGACAGUGACUUUCCCCUAGAGUUUUAUAAAACGGGUGCCGUUUUUGCCUACUGUCCCGAUAGGGAGGGCCGGGAUGUCAUCUAUUUGAGGGUUAAAUUGUACCGACAUUUUCCGAAGUUUGCGGACUAUUUUCGGCAAUACUUUAUGCAUAUUAUCAACAAAAUCGAUGUUCAAAAUGAGGAAAAAGGUUGGGCAAUGGUGUGGGACAUGAGCGGCACCGGGCCGUCAAACUGGAACCUAUCAAUUGUGCGGUUCAUCAUAUCGUGUCUGCGAAACUAUUACCCCCGAGGAAUGCGAUACCUUGUUAUAUACGGCGUGCCGUGGAUUAUGACGGCGUUCGUCAACAUUGGCCUCAAACUGGUCUCCGAAGAGGCGCGGAAUGUUGUGAAGUUUGCGGCCAAAGACCAGAUCUUUGGCUUCGUUGAGGCCGAAAAUUUGCCCGACUUUUUGGGCGGAAAAUGUGUCCAUAUCACGAAGUGCCCAAAGAGGCGGUCAGGGAUUGUCACGAUUUGGCCGCUGAACGCGCAGAAAGUCUUCACUUUUAAGACAACUCUCGAAGAACUCAACCAAUUGUCACCACAAGAGGUCCACAGACUUGAAGAACUCGAGAGUCAACUCAAUGUCAUUAUCAAUGAAACACAACACAAAAGGAAGUGGUCUUUAGAAGACAAGAACAACUCGUGUCCACCGAAAUCAAUCACUAAUUCAGCCGUCGGUCUGAAGACAACAACUCUUAUGACACAAACACGUGAAGACACGGAGGGAUCAGAUAAGGACCAGAAACUGGCGAUUGAUUCGCGACAAACACCACAAAUGAUUUGCGUUUCACGACAAUUGACGACAAAGAAGUUGAUCCCAAAACACCAAACGGUUGCCAUUCCUCCGAAGCAAACCUCCAAAACGCCAUUCAUUUUAAUAAAACGUUUCAAAAUUGAUCCCAAAGUGACACCAAUUAGUGACUCACGAGUUGUGACCCAAACCGGUAAACUGUCGGCCAGUCUUAAGGCCAACGAAACCGUUAAAAAUACUGCAGACGUUAAACAAGUGUCGGAUUACUUGAAAACGAUAGACAAAGGAUUAGUUGCCGUAAAUAUGUGGACAUUGAGAGACAGCACAGCAACUGAUCCCAAGUGUUUGAAGACUAAUACAAGUGUUGGAACACAACGUGAAGACAAUGCAAGGCUUGAAGACAGGGAAUCAUCUGAUUCUGAAUGCGUUCAACAAAUUGAUCCAAUUGUGACGUCCAAUGAAAGCGAUACAAAACCACUCGAUAAUUAUCGUCCGAUAUCUGCGUGCAGUUCUUGUGGACAACUCUAUGACACUAAGGAAGAACUUGAGACACAUAUGCGGUCACACCUGACAGUCGAUGACUGGUUCGCAGAAAAGAUAGUAAAGACAGACAAAUGUGAAGACAAUAAAAAAUUAAAGCCUAAGAAGUGUUGUCCCGAAAUAACAAGUCUUAUCAGACAUUUGAAAAACGAUCACAACAUUGAAUCUCUCGUUGAAUGCGAGUAUAAAUGCUGUGAACGAGUGUUUAUCACCGGCGCUAACCGGUCGGCACAUGUGACGGACAUUCAUCUCAAUCUUUUUAACUGCAAUCGAAAUAAAUGUAUUAAUCGUUUGGACGGCAAACACUUCGUGUGCACACGAUUAUCGACAAUACAAUUUGUGACCACUUUAUACACAUGUAAUGUCGACGGAUGCGAGUAUACAGCGAAUGAAAAGUUUCUCAUCGACUCCCACAACAAUAAACACAAUAACGUGCGGCCAUAUGUGUGUCCGCGCGUGUCGUGCGACCGAAGCUUUGGUAAUAGGAAAGGACUCGCGCAACACGUGCGCAAAGUUCACGCCAAAUAUAAGCGGUUUGUAUGCGAUUUCAACAAUUGCGGCAAACGGUUCGUCCAUAAGUGCGGCUUAGACUCACAUCGGGUCACUCACACGGCUGUCGGCCGGCAAUACAAGUGUCCCGAACCGGACUGCGGGCGGCACUUCAAAUCCCCAUCGAGUGUAUUCGCACACCGAAGUCGGUGUCAUAACAAGUCGGAGCUCAAGUGUCCGGUGAACGGCUGCGCGUACACCACCCGAUACAAGCCAUGUAUGACUGUUCACACCGAUAAACACAACGGGAUUAAACGGUUUCCUUGCGAUUGGCCCGGGUGUGACUUUGCCUACAAUACCCGGUCAUCUCUAAACAAUCACCAGAUAGGCAAACACGGAGAUCGGGCCAUAGCAUGUGAAUGGCCGGGAUGUGACUAUAAGUCCAAAUGGGGUUCGGUUUCUAGUGACCACAUGGCCACACAUCGCACCGAUCGGCCGCACGCCUGCCAUUGGCCCGGAUGUGAGCGCAGGUUUAAGACUAAGUCUAUGGCGCAGAAACACAUGAUUGUCCACAACGGUGUGUCCAUACCGUGCGAUGUGAAGGGCUGUCCAUUUGAGACAAGGCAUAGGGAUUCCCUCAGAACUCACUACAGACUUAUUCAUCACAUGUAA